UCACUCCCUUUCUCUGUUCUUGGCGUUCGUGGUUUCUCCCAUUCUUCUUCUCGGAAGCAUCAGGUCAGUUUGUUUCUCGCUGAGUUUCUACAGUCAUGUACCAUUUGCUUCGCAGAAUCAUUCUAGUUAGAACUCCAUUAUCAGUCGGAUCGUUUUCCGGAUCUCCGUUGAAAUCUCUUAGAUUCUUAUUGACUUCUUCCGAGAUUGUAUCGUCUCCGAAAUCUGCGUCGUUGGCUUCUAAUUUUGUUGAUUUUGAGAGCAAUGAGAAGCCUGUGAUUCUGUUAUUUAAGAAUCACGGAUUCUCAAAAUCACAAAUCUCUGAGCUUAUCAAGAAAUUCCCUCAAGUUCUAUCAACAGACCCCGAAAAAACCCUAUUGCCCAAAUUGUUGUUCCUCCAAUCUAAAGGCCUUUCUUCUCCUGAGGUUGCUAAAUUAGUUUGUGGAUUUCCUGCUAUUCUAAAGCGAAGUUUAAACAGACAAAUCAUUCCAUCCUUUAAUUAUAUUCAUGAUUUGCUUCAAACUGAGGAGAAGACUAUUGCAGCCAUAAAACGGUGUGGGGGUCUUCUCACUUGGGAUCUUCACAAUUCUGCUCGUCCCAAUGUUGAAAUUUUGAGACAAAUUGGAGUGCCUGAUUCAAACAUUGCAAGCAUUCUUAGAUCCCAGCCUCGAGUGUUUUUGAUAAGUUCCAUUCGAUUUAAGGAGAUUGUGGAGGAAGUUAAGGAAAUGGGAUUCAAUCCUCUGCGAUUGAAGUUUGUUGUUGCUGUUUUUGCUCUGCGAGCAAUGAGCAAAUCUACAUGGAAAAAGAAGGUUGAAGUUUAUAGGAAAUGGGGAUGGCCGGAAGAAGAGAUCCUUUUUGCUUUUAGAAGGCACCCAUGCUGUAUGAUGGCUUCUGAGGAUAAGAUUAACGGUGUAGUGGAUUUUUUUGUCAACCAAAUUGGAUCAUCAGGUCAGUUUGUUUCUCGCUGA